CGUGACUGAGUUCCAUGCUUCAUCAUCGCUGAAAUUACUUUCGGAAGCUGCGUGAAUACAACAGACAUAGACUCACAUGGUUGUAUCGACUCGCGCCAGGCUUCCACGACGACAAUAGGAAAAUAGGACCAUAGGACGAUAGGCUCACCUACCAUGGUCGCCCCUACAUAAUCAGUCCAUCAUCAGCGGAAGAACGAGAGGACGGCAGCGGCUAGCAGAGACUUGCGAGUCGCGAAAGAGCUAUGGAUACAUUCAUGGGGACACCUUCCAAGAGGCGCUCCAUCUCAGACGUUAGCGCAACAGCUGCAAGGCUUCAGCCGUCGCCGCUUUUGACCAGUCGAAUUCCAAAUGCAACCAAGGACGACAGUCUGCUCGACACAUCACCACAGACGCCGAGACGGCCUGACUUCCUGGGGAGAGGGCUGUCGUUACAGAUGCCACCAAAGACGACGGCAACGACAGCUACGACGUCCAUGGCAGCUCCCAACACUGUCCAGCGCGUACCAUUAUCGCCCCAACUUGACACUCAAACUUCCUACGCCUCGCCUCAGACCUCUCUACCGCGUCAUUCGCGUGGUCUGGACUUUUCCAGAGCUUGCACGAAUCUCCACCACUCGACUCUGGCCGAAAAUCCAUCUCCGAGUUCAUCACCCAUCAUGACCCAAAGCGCGCGGAAACCUAGUGUGAACAGUAUGAUGCUCGACUCUCCAAAUCUCUGGCCUCAAAUUCAGGCAGACCGGAGUGCUGUCAGCAGCAGUGUGGGCAGUGUCAGUAUGCUUGCAGAUGAAGACAGCGACGACAGUACGAGUGACGAUGAUGUUAUGGACGAUAUGGAUGAUCAGAUCUUGACGACUCCGCAAGUCAGAAAGACGACCAACCCUCAAGCUCCAACUCCCUUCGGAAACCACAGCACCGUCAUGUGGAGCAACAACUUUUCACCAGCCCACGCCAGUCUGAUGAAGACCUUCCAGCGCAGUCGUUUGAAGAAAGGAAGAAGCAGGAAAAGCUCAAGCAGUGCCAGUAACAAUUCCGCCAUGCCCAGCCCGCGCACAACUUCGCCGCCGCCGUUGCGCAGCAUUGAAAACUCGGCCCACUUCGGUUGGCCGCGCCUUCGAGAAAACAGACCUGAGCACCCCUCCCUUUCAUCUGGUAACGACAGUGGAGACGAGGCCGCUGCUUCCUCUUCAACUCCAGGUGUUGUGCGCCGGGCCGUCACUCGCAGAGGAAACUUGCUUCCAAAGACAAAGAACUUUGCGCGCAUUCGUGCCGCCCUGCUUGAGGAGUCGGCUCCGGUUGAUAGCGAAGUCCGACGGGAGGCAGAGACAAUGCGUCAAGUCCAUAACCAUGAUCCAGUCCCCGACCUUGAAGGUCCUUCACCCGAUCCCUCAUCAUCACAACCCAACGCCAAUUCUAACGAUCCCAAUGACCCUCAACCAGAUGUCAUCAACAACAAUCCUAUCAGUUUCAACCUCCACGCCCAUCGCAACUCGGGUGGUGUCGACUACUGGCACAAACUCGAGACCGAAUUGCACACUCCUCCUCCACCCGCCUUCCCUGCUCGCGGCAGCUCAUCGCUGUCUGGCGAUGUUAACAUGGAUUCGCCUGCCGACAGCUCGACUCUGCGUUCCGCAUCUGUCAUAAGCAUGAACGAACCCUCUGUCGCCUCUUCAGCCGAGACAGACCUUCAAGCAUCCGCCUACGCCAAUCAAGACGCACUACGCCGACCGUUUGGCAAACGUCGCCGUGACGACGACUUUGAUAUGCAGAGCUUCAAGCGCAGGGCUGUCAGUCCUAGCAUGAGUGUACAUGGAGGCAGUCCUGUUGUUGCAUCUCCUGUUGCUUCAGCUGCAGCACGUAACCAAAGUCUGCCCAAAGAUGGUGCCCCCCUUGAGAAGAGUAUCAGUGGAGGUGCUGGUGGUACUGCUCCUAGAAGGAUUGGUCUGCAAGGUAUGGUUGAUACGAACGAAGGUAUCAUGAGGAUGAGCAUCGAGUAGUAAUCUUGCUAUCUUGGCUGGUCCUUCUCUCGACUUCACCAUUCCUUCGUCCAUCGCCUCUUGGUAACAACUGGACAUUCUUUUCUCUUCUUUUUUUCUUCUCGUAUACUCGCGUUGGGUCUUUAUAAGCGUGUGGAGUUGGAGGUUUUUCUGGCGUUUCAUCAAUUUGUCUUUCACCAAAGGCUUUCAGCACGAUACCAUAAGUAUCGCUUGAUCACAUAUAUUACCAUCCCUUUUCUCCUCUCUUCCAGUUCCAUCCCCAGGGUGUCGACACAAGAGAUUUUACC